GCUUUCUGAGUCUUAACCUCUUUCUUUUUUGGGCGGUUAAGUAAAGGAUUGAAGCAUUUAUUAGCCUCCUCACCUGCUUGACUAUACACAUAAUAAAAGGGAAAAUAUGUAUGUAUGUGUGUGGUUGGGAUGUCCACUUACACAGAUAGACUCCCACUCCCACAAAUAGCUCUAACUCCCACUACUCUGGAGACACCAAUGGCCCUCCCUCCAAUGACAUUACAGCGAGCGCCAUAAACAUGUCCAAGAGCCCUACCAAUGUCCUACACAAACACCAUGCUGCCCAAGUGAAAGCUUUAAUACAGGGACCAUGUCAUCCUAGAUGUUCUGUUUUUCCUCCACCACAGACAUCCCAGUGUUUCUUACUCUCUCCAUUGGUGUGGAAUUUGCAUGACCCCACCCAUUGCCUCUCCCAUAACCCUUUCCUAUUCUUUUCUAUGGCACACAGCAAACAGAGGAAUUAAUUGGCAACUGAACAUACUGGAAGGGUUUGGGGAGAAUUCACCAUGAUAUAUAGGAGUUGUAGGUAGUGGAUGUAUAGUUCACCUGCAAUCUGAGAACACUCCGAACUCCACCAAUGAUGGACCUGGAACUAAUGUCGCACACAGAACCCCCAUGACCAACAAAAAAUACUGGAAUUUGGGGAAAAUAGACCUUGACAUUUGGGAGUUGUAGUUGCUGGGAUUUAUAGUUCACCUACAAUCAAAGAGCCCCUUGAACCCCACCAAUAAUAAAAUUAGGCCAAAUUUCCCACACACAAAAAUACUGGUCUCUGGUGACCCCUCUGAACCCCACUGUCCCCCCCCCCCAGGGGUCCCGACCCCCAGGUUGAGAAAGGCUGCCGCACAACAAACACAAGUAAAUACCCCUGCCCAGAUCCCAAAACAAAUGUGGUUUUCAAUGGCUUCUCUGUGUAACCUGACAUGGUGGUUGUCAGCGUAGUCUAGCACUUCUGUGUUUUCAAAUAGAUUUGCAAACAGGAUCUGCAAACCCCACCUCCUCUAAGGUGACUGAAACCACUGACAUAGGGAAGCUGAUGAAACACAACCUACAAACUAUUUACAGACCCACUAAGAAAAUGCAACAAAUGCUACAUUGAGCAAAGGAUCGGAGCGAUCCUCUCACUUCUGCAGGAGUAUAAUAAUAGUAAUAAUAAUAAUAAGGAUCGAAAAAUCAGCUGAUGAUCCAAAAUGCAGACUGUGCAAGGAAGCUGACGAAACCAUUGAUCAUAUCCUCAGCUGCUGUAAGAAAAUCGCACAGACAGACUACAAACAGAGGCACAACUAUGUGGCCCAAAGGAUUCAUUGGAACUUAUGCCUCAAGUACCACCUCCCAGCAGCAAAGAACUGGUGGGAUCACAAAACUGCAAAAGUAUUGGAAAAUGAACACACAAAGAUACUGUGGGACUUCCGAAUCCAGACUGACAAAGUUCUGGAACACAACACACCAGACAUCACAGUUGUGGAAAAGAAAAGGGUUUGGAUCAUUGAUGUCGCCAUCCCAGGUGACAGUCGCAUUGACGAAAAACAACAGGAAAAACUCAGCCGCUAUCAGGACCUCAAGAUUGAACUUCAAAGACUCUGGCAGAAACCAGUGCAGGUGGUCCCAGUGGUGAUGGGCACAUUGGGUGCUGUGCCAAAAGAUCUCAGCCAGCAUUUGGAAACAAUAGACAUUGACAAAAUUACGAUCUGCCAGCUGCAAAAGGCCACCCUGCUGGGAUCUGCGCGCAUCAUCCGAAAAUACAUCACACAGUCCUAGACACUUGGGAAGUGUUCGACUUGUGAUUUUGUGAUAGGAAAUCCAGCAUAUCAAUGUCUAUUUCAAUCUUGGCCUUGAUUGCCUUUGUCCUGAUGUCUUGCUCCUGGGCUGCAAGGAUCAGGCCUUCUGUCUCCUUCUUCAGGGUCCCAUUCGUGAGCCAGAGCCAGGUCUUCUCCUUAUCAGCUUUUCCUUCAAUUUUGUCAAGGAACUUUCCAUGCAAUGCUUUGUUGUGCCAGCUGUCAUCUCUAGUUUGUAGUGCGGUUUUCUUGUACUGGUUUUUUGUCUGCUGUGCUUUGAGGAGUUUCUGAUGUUUGACUUCAAUCAGAGCAGGUUCUUCACUUUGCUUUACAUAUUCUGCCAGGGCAUGUUCUUCUUCUUUGACUGCUUGUUUUACUUGUAAGAGUCCUCUGCCCCCUGAUCUUCUAUUAUUAUUAAUGUAAUAAUAAGUUUAUUGCAUACUGUGCAACUGCAAAGUCAAUCAGUGAUGAAUAAAUCCAAAGUAAAAAACAAAACACAACAAAUUAUGUCAUCUCACCAUUAUAGUCCCUGUCAUAACAACCUAUCAAACUGGAUUGUUGAACAGAGUUCUUUUUCCCUGCAGAGAAAUGAACUUGAUCCAGAAUUUGAGUGUCAUGCGAAAAGGAGGCAGCUGUGACAGUCCUAUUUUCACCUGGAAUCACCUGAUCCAUAGUGAUCUGCUUUAGUUGCAUUGACUGGCCGCUUACGUUCCACACCUAAGUAUUGAACGUAACCACCAAAGCCAUCCCUUAUUGCUCCACCUCCAGUUUGCUUGGUAAAGAAUGCACUCACUAAUCCUCCAGAAUCCGGUAAGGUGGGGUUACCUGAGGAAUCCUCUUUGCUUGUUUCUUCCGUGUUGUGACUCUGGCUGCAAUGUGGGGCCUGAAGGUAGACGCAAGCCAAGCCGGGCCCCGCAGCAAAGAUCCAUGGCGGUUGCGACAUGGAUUGUUCUCCUACUCCUCAUUGAUCGCUCCUUUCAGCAAGGAACUUGGCUUCUCCCACCACAGAAUGUAACAUUAUCUUCUGAAAACUUUUACUCCUUCUUGACGUGGAACCCAGCUCCGGACGCCACCAGAAAUACUCAGUAUGAAGUGGAGAGGACUAAUGGUAGCAGAUCCUUUCGUGAUUGGAUCCAAGUGGCGUCAUGCGGAGAAAACAACCUGAAACCCACUCAAAGGUGCCAGCUUCGUCUCUCAGAACUUCCCGGUAGUUUGUUCAACUUUUAUAAAGCCAGGGUGCGAGCCAAGCUUGGAGCCCGUUUGUCUGAAUGGGCCAUUUCAGAAAGUCUGCAAUUGUACAAAGGCAGUGUCCUCGGUCCUCUGGAUCUGUUUCUGGCCGUCGCAGACCAGGAUCUGACCGUCUCAGUUUUGUUGCCCCAAAUGCCACUCAAUAACACUGUCAGGAGAAUCAUUGCCUCCCUUCUGAAAGUCCGCAUCAUCCUUAAAGAAGAAGGUGAUGACAACACCAAGGAAAUAACUAUGAAACUCAGCACAAUGAAUCACACAUUUGAGAGUUUGAAACCAAAUGCAAACUACUGCAUCACAGCUACAGUGAAGGACCAGCAAGCAAAGGAGGCUGUGAAGUGUAUCAAGACGCCCAGGAAAUCCGCAUAUGAUGACCGGACUCCCUUGGUCAAAACACUCAUCGCUCUGCUUGGGUUAACCCUUUUGUGUCUGCUUGGAGGAGCCUCCCUUAAGCACCUUAAGCACUAUCUCUACCCAAGCUCUUCAGAAAUGGUCUUCCCCAAAUCACUGACAUUUGUGAAUAUGAACGCAUUGACUUUGAGGUCCUUCUUUGAACCGGACGAUGGUUCUGUCACUUCUCUCUCAAUGCUGGAAAUAUUACCUUCCAACAGUAUUGCGAUGACAGAGCAGGAAGGAUCCCAGAUCCAGAUGGAUAGAGGCGGAUGGGUCUACUGUGCCAAUGGCUUAUAUCCUGACAACAUGGACAAUGAGGAUUCUUCCCUGUUUCCAUUUGCUGUUGCAGACUCCCUUUCUUCCAAAGAGCUGCUGGGAAAUGAACUUCAAACACAAUGGGCAUAUAGUACUUCUCAGGAGCUCUUGGGGUCUUUUGAACAUCUACCUCCUGCAAGAUCUGGAUGUCCCCUUUAUGGUUUGGGAACAGUUUCCUGGGAACUGACAAAUAAAAGCAAGGAUAAAAACAGAGAGAGGAAGUGUCCAUCUCUAGGCAGGACUGAUAUUCCCCUUAGUUCUGUAAAGCUCCAGUCUGAGUUGGACGUACAAAGGACUUACGUUACAGUGAAAGAUGGAGGUGUCUACGCAGAACCUUUCCUCCCACAGGCCUCUGAGUCACAGACUCAUCCAGGACAGAGCCAUUCAUCCAAAGACGGGAAGCUUCCUGACAGAUCCGACCUGGAAACAAGGGAUAGAAACACCAUCUGUUUCUCUGGCUAUGAAUGUCGCCCACCCAUUCUUCCUUGUGAAUUGUAGUUCCAUAGUGUGGAGUUGUCAGGCAGGGGGAAGAAAACUUUUUUAAAAAUCCUACCUCUGACACCGAUUGCGGAGAUGUGGAGGAGUUUCUAUUAAUUAAUUAUAUUUAUAUUAUAUAUCCGCUGCCACCAUAUAAAGAUGUUUUUAUAAUGCUGCCACCAAAGGUAAAGAUGUUUAUAAUGUGACUACCAGAUGUUAAGGGGAUGAUCAACUCUUGCCACCACUAUUGGAAGAUUUAGCCACUGGCUACUUAGAGAGGAGACUUUUAAAUCUUUAUUUUUCUUUCUUCUUCUUUAUUCUGGAUGUGUGCAUAUAUGACAGACUGAGAUGUUUGAGAGAACAAUAACAAGUUUAUUCAGGCACAAGCUUAAUGGUUACAAUAACUUCUCCUCUUGGUUGAGGCACUUAGAUUAACAGUUGCGAUAACAGAAUGAGGUGUUUCAAACUUCUUAAAAUGUCACUUCUUUCUUUACUGCUCUAAACUGCAGUCACCCUGUGAAUUUCAGUCACAGGCUAUCUGUUCCUUAUCUGGAAACAGACUACCUUAAAAUAAGUCACCAAACGUAUUUUAAACUGACUCAAAAACCAAACAUUUGAGCCUCCCUGAUUCUCCAACUGAGAAUCAGCCUUCCCUGUGUCUCAACAGAACACAGACUCUAAAAUAAACCUUCCCUGUAGUUCUCUGACCACAGACUGACUGACUGAGUUUCUUUUCAAACAGUAUUUUGUUACAGUAUUUCUACCCCUCCCUUCUCACCCAAUAGGGGACUCAGGGUGGCUAAUAAUAAUAAUAAUACAAUAUAAUAAUAUUGUAUAAUAUAAUAACAUUAAUUAUAUAUUAUAUAUUAAAUGUAAUAUUACUAAUAAUAUUAUGGUAUAAUGGUAUAGUAUAAUAUAGUAAUAUAUAAUGCUAAUAUUGUGCUAUGCUAAUAAUAUAAUAUAUUGUAUGUGCAUACAACUUGUAAACUGCUCUGAGUCCCCUUCAGGGUGAGAGAGGGUGGGGUAUAAAUGUAGUAAAUAAAUAAAUAAUUGUUGCUUGGGUUUUUUUAUUUUUGCACUACAAAUAAGACAUGUGCAGUGAGCAUAGGAAUUUGUUCGUUUUUUUUAAAUGAUAAUUCAGCCCCUCAACAAUCUGAGGGACCAUGAAUCGGCCCUCCACUUAAAAAGUUUGGAGACCCCUGAUAUACAGUAUAUAAAAUGCAAAACAAAAAACCAUUUUAAAAGCUUUCUUUGGCACAGUUAUCUUUCAAAGAGCUUUCUGUCUGAUAUGUCAUUUUUGCUUAUAAUGUAAAUAGAUGAACAAAUACAAAGCUUUUCCAGUAAUACUGUUUCGGUGUAGCAAGCAUAUAAACAAGUUCAUCACUGCCAACAUGCGAGUUGUAGCACUGACCUAUAAAUGAUUGAAGCUUUAUUAAAUAUACACAGAAAACCAAGAAGGUUUUUCUUUCCAGAGAUGAGAGAGAAGGAGUAACCCUCAGGCAAGACAGAAAUAAGCAACUCAUUUUGGAUUGUAGUCGAAAAAGCAACCUUUCCAAGCCCUGCUCUCUUUUGCUUUGCAGCAAUCAGAUUAGUGGGAUGCCAGUAAGAAUUUUUCAUCCCAAUGGCACUUGACAUCCAAUAAAUAAAAGCAAAGAGACCAGCAACUGUUAGAAUGGGAAACAGAUGAAGUAUAUGUCAAGGAGGUAAUGAUAAAAUAGGCGUGGGAUGUUGGACGUGUUACCAGGUGAGUGUACAGCGGAAUCAGCAGUGUGCAGUUAACACCAUGUGCAAAAGACUCAGACCAGGCAGAGGAAUUGAAAGAACAGAAGGAAACUUUACUUGUUGCGUUGAAGUCAAAUAAACAGUUCAGCAAUCAUACAAUGUCCAUGUAGUUGCAUAAGAUCAAUAACCAAUCAAUCAGCAUUCAAUAUAUAUACAGCAUAGCAUAUUAAUCAGCUACUUGACCGUAGCCAGAGAGCCUGUCUUGUUUAUGUGCUCUCUUUCCAAGCUCAAAUUCCAACUGACAAACCAACUGACAAAACCAGCCAUCUGCCAUCAAACUGAUACAUUGUUGUUUUAGGCGUGGCUUAGCUCUCUGCAAAGCUGAGCUCUUUUACAGAGAUCUCCUGCAAACUUCUUUGCAAGGAUUUCUUUACACACACACAUAGCAAUUUGGCGCAAUAGGACGUACGAUAAAUAUGAUAGAAUGGGAAGAGUUAUGGAGAAAAAAACAAAAAUAUACAUAUGCUGUCGAGAUGGAGGAGAACUGGUAUAAGAUGUUCUUCAGGUGGUAUCUUACUCCAGAGAGACUGAGCAAAUUUAGUAAAGGAAAAGGUAACGGCAAAUGCCGGAAAUGUAAGAAACACAAAGGAGACUUUAUACAUAUGUGGUGGGGAUGUAAAAAAGUAAAAAAAUAUUGGCGGGAGAUCCAUAAAGAGAUUGUGAUGACUCAUGGGCCUUGUAGUCCCACUCCUAGUGUCCCUGUGGCAGAUGAGGAGGAAAACAUGGGGUUUUCUCCGGAUCAACAACAGCCGGAAUCCUUCCAGAUGCCUGAUGUUGAUGUUCUUGCUCAAGAUCCAAUUAAAACAGACCUUGAGCAGCUCUCACCUCCCUUCGCUAGGAGACAGUUCUUUGCUGCAGACAGGGGAGUGAAAGAGCGGGUUCGCAGGAGUUUAAGAAUUGCAGCCAAACAAGACACUGAUUAGCCAUGUUUCCCCUGGGAAAAUCCAGGGAGUCUCACAUCUGGAAAGUUGGGUUUCGUUUCCUAUUCUCUAGGGAAAGAGAGUGCUGGACACCUGUUUGGCGGGAAAACGAGACCCAGUUAAAGGUGCCUGGCACGGUUGAUUCUGUGCGGAGACAACAGAGCAGCUUCAGGAGUGAUUUCGUGUCUCUAGCCUUGUGUGGACUUUGCAAAGUCCGCAAAUCCAGUUUCCUUGCCUUGCCUAUUCAAGAAUUCAAGAAUUGCCUUGCCUCGUUUCUAGUCACGGACCUUGUUCCUAGAAUCAAGUUUUGUUUCCAGCCUUGUUGUGGAUUUUACCUUGGACCUUGGAAGACCCUGGACAAUUCCCCUCACUAUUGCUUGGCAAUAGUGUGUGUUUCGGUUUAUUGGAUUUUAUCUUUGGACUCUAAUAUCAUUUAAUGGACAAAAUCUUUCUGGACUAUAUUUGACCUUAUUUGAAAGGUCUGCCUCUGGACUAUAUUUUCUACUUGUUUUUAUUAUUCUUAUAUAUUUUCUUAAUAAAGAUAUUAGAUAGUU